UUUAAAAUCUAAGCUGAAAUAAUUUAAUUUAUGGCUUUUCUAAUUGCGAGAACAAAAUGGAUUUUAGAUGGUUGUUUAAUGGGGUUGUGAUGUUUUAAAAUGCCCUUGAUCAUCACAGGAUUCAACAGUCCACUUCUAUUUACUUUCGGCUGGGCAUCAUCAGUGAACAUUUUAUAUGGGAAAAAAGUCAACUGAAGGUUCUUCCCUAACAAAUAUUCAAUUGAUUGAAAUCAUGAGGUGAGGUUGAAGAUGGGAGGGACUGCAAAGCAGAAAAAGCUCGAACGUGAGCACUGUGAGAAUCAGCCGGCUCCGAAGCAGCACUACGGGAAUGUAGUCGGCGGGAUUGAUGAUGACAUGCAUCCGAACACUGGGCCGCAUGCUUGGAUAAGACGGCGACCGAUGUUGCCCAUACACAUGCUCUUCUCCAACAAUGAAAACUCGGUUCAGAAGGCUUUAAUGCGAUUUCCGGGGUGUAAAGUAACAAUCAGUUUAGGCGGCCGAGUGGGGCCGAAUCGAGUUGGAAGGGUCAUUUACGGAGGGAUAGGGCCUUAGUGAACAAACCAGGGCGGUGGAUUAUCUGUAAGUGCAAGGCCUCCUUGUGAUGACAUAUCCGAGCCCUAAGGGUGACGAGAGACCAAUAUCUGACCACCUCUGGGGAUCUUUUUUUAUCGGGAAAAUUAGAUCUGAGGAGGUCGCCGGCGUAACAAGAUCAAGGAUAGAGCCAUGUCGGUGGAUUGCCCUUCUCUCUUCGAAUAACUUCAUCUGUUUGACAUAAGCGUGAGGAGCAGUCCUUCUUUCAAUAUGCAAAAGAUUGGAAAAAGAAAAAAUUAUUAACUUUGAGAAAAUAGCUACUUUAUUGUUUUAAAUAUAUACUUUUUUUCUACCAUUCUCAAAUGUUUGAAAGUAUAUAUCAUGGCCUUUUUUUCAGGACAGUUAAAACAUUUAUUACACAAUAUUUAUUAUUUUUUAUUUCGUCAAAUGACAAAUGAAUUAAGCCUUUUUUGUAAAUGAUUGUUCUCCACACAGACUUGUUGAUUAUUGGAUGGAUUUCGAGCAUUAAACGGUUACAAACAUUUCUCUCGACAUAAUUAUUGCUUCUUUUUUUAAUUCGUUUUACUAGCAAUCUAUCGAUGAAGAUUUCUUGAUAUCUAUUGUUGUUAGCUAAGGUUUUAAUUGUUUGUAAUUAGUUUUUAUAGGAAUUAACUGGUGUUAAUAGGAGGUUCAACAUACUGUCUAUAAGCGAAAUGCAUCCAGCAACUUUUUGAGUUCAAGGAUGGGAAGAAUCUGCUGGGUCAUAGUGUCUGAAUUUGGUUUUCUUUGUAUAUU